CUCCAGUUGCUAUGGAAACAGAAUAACGCCCGAGUAGCUAGCGUUAGCCGUACAGCUGCAAAAUAGUGACCAUCGAGCUAUUUAGCCACAGUUCGUCGCUUUUUCUGUAAAUGGAGGAUCGCUAUGCCUUCCUUGCUGAGUGGUACGACCCCACUGCAGCUCUCCUGCGGCGCUACCAACUGUUCUACUACCCUAAGGAUGGCUCAGUGGAAAUGUUUGAUGUUAAAAACCAGCGAAUCUUUUUGAGAAGGACCAAAUACAAUGACCUUCGUCAGGAGGAUUUGUUUGUUGGGAACAGAGUGAAUGUGUUCUCCCGGCACCUUAGUCUGAUUGAAUAUGGAGACCAGUAUACAGCAAACAAACUUGGCAGCAAAAAAGAAAGAACUCUCGCAAUGAUAAAGCCAGAUGGAGUUACCAAGAUUGGAGAUAUCUUUGAACUGAUAAACACUGCCAACCUGAUCGUGACCAAAGCCAAAAUGAUAAAGCUUACAUGGAGCCAAGCAGCAGACUUUUACAUGGAACAUCAGUCAAAGCCUUUCUUCAAUAACCUGGUGCAGUUUAUGUCCUCGGGCCCUGUGGUUGCCAUGGAGCUGAUGGGUGACGAGGCCAUCUCUAUAUGGAGGAGGCUUCUGGGACCUACAGACUCUGCUGUGGCACGGAGGGAGGCACAGGAGAGCGUCCGUGCCCAGUUUGGAACAGAUGGCAUCAAAAAUGUGGCACAUGGGUCUGACUCAGUUGCUGCAGCAGCAAGAGAGCUUGAAUUUUUCUUCCCAUCCACAAUGGGCCAUGGGCCAUCAAACACAGCCAUCUUUACAGACUGCACAUGUUGCAUUAUCAAACCUCAUGCCAUAUCAGAAGGCCUGACUGGAAAGAUCCUGAACUCCAUAUCUGCAGCUGGAUUUGAAAUCUCAGCCCUUCAGAUGUUUAAUAUGGAGCGGGCCAAUGCAGAAGAAUUCUAUGAAGUUUACAAAGGGGUUGUAACAGAGUACCCUAGUAUAGUGACUGAGCUGUGUUCUGGACCCUGCAUGGCCUUAGAGAUCCGGGGCACGGACACACCAAAGACAUUCCGGGAAUUCUGUGGGCCGGCCAACCCAGAAAUUGCACGGCAUCUGCGUCCAACCACAUUGCGAGCUCUCUAUGGCAAAGACAAAGUGCAAAAUGCCGUACAUUGUACAGACCUUCCUGAGGAUGGGGUUUUGGAGGUGCAGUAUUUCUUCAAGAUUUUGGAUGGGUGACUUCAAUUUAGUAAACAAAUGUUUCAUUGUGCAUUCAAAGAUAUCACAACCAGUUGAAUUUUCUGUUUAUUGUUUCCGCCUUAUCCAGAUUAAAUAAAUGACAAGAGCAGAUGGACUCCUGACAUGUGUUUUGAUCUUCAACAUUGAAUUAAGCACUUUCACAUCAACUAAACAUCUUAUUACACGGGGUACUGCAUUGCUUGUGAUACUCUAACUUUUGACCAGCGACUUUGGUAUUGGAUUCAUACAUUACACUUUUUUCCUGUGAAAAAAAAAAU